CUCCAGAAACAAUUUUCUAAGAAUGUGUAUCCUGUCUGUUCUUAGCUAUUCAUGAAACGGGUACGAGUUCUCCUGAAACAUGGAUUCAACUCUUUUAACUAAUCGAAUUAUAUGUCUGUAACUGUAAUUUGGGCAUCUUAAAUUUUAGGCGGUAUAAGAGAGAGGGAAGAAGAUGUGGUUGUUUAGCAGGAAAGGGUUCUCCGGGUUCUCGUCGUCUUCAACAGCAGAGGAAGUUACAGAGGGGCUUGAUGGGACUGGACUCACUGCCAUUGUUACAGGUGCCUCGAGUGGAAUUGGCACUGAAACUGCCCGUGUUCUGGCACUGCACGGUGUUCAUGUAGUUAUGGGGGUGAGGAAUGUGGCAGCUAGCAGGGAUGUCAAGGAAACAUUACUGAAGCAGAACCCCUCUGCAAAUGUUAAUGCCAUGGAAUUGGACCUCAGCUCAAUGGCAUCAGUGAAGAAAUUUGUGGCAGAGUUCAAUUCCUCUGGUCUUCCCCUGAACAUCCUCAUUAACAAUGCAGGAAUCAUGGCAACACCAUUCAUGCUUUCCAAAGACAACAUAGAACUACAAUUUGCAACAAACCACAUAGGUCAUUUUCUCUUGACAAAUAUGCUAUUGGAAAACAUGAAAAGAACUGCUCGUGAAAGUGGCAAAGAAGGAAGGAUUGUGAAUGUCUCGUCCCGCCGUCACCGUUUCUCAUACCCUGAAGGGAUUCGUUUUGAUAGAAUCAAUGAUGAAGCAGGGUACAACAGUCUAUCUGCAUACGGUCAGUCAAAGCUUGCUAAUAUUUUGCAUGCUAAUAAACUUGCAAGAUGCCUGAAGGAAGAUGGAGUGGACAUAACUGUGAAUUCAGUACAUCCGGGAGCAAUUGCUACCAAUCUUUUCCGACAUCACAGCUUUUUCAGCAGUCUUGUCAAUCAUCUGGGAAAAUAUGUGAUGAAAAAUGUUAAACAGGGCGUGCUUCUCUUCAACUAUGCAACAGAGUUAUGAGCUUGCAUUUGGCCAUGAAAAGAGAGAAUGGGUUUGGUCUAUAUUUCUUUCUUGACUGCCAAUGAGGCGAACUGCUCAAUGAUCAAAUCUGUUAAGAAUCAAAUAAUGAUAGCAAGACUCAGUUCUACAUUCAAGGGACUUACAUGGCUGCUUCAGAAAAUUCAAGUAUGUUGGUCAGAAGUUGCACAAAUGUUCAAGAUUCAAUGUAAACCUGAAAUGUAAUUUUUUUUUCCUUCUCUUUCUUGGUAAAUGAUCUUCUUCCCAUAAAGUUAUAACAGAGCAUAUAAAUCACCAAAAAAAAUUCUGAUUCUCUCUCAAGACAACAGCUACUGUGUUAAUCUUCCCUUCCCGUGAACCGAACAUGGCUCAUCUAUACUUGAACAAUGCUUAAACAUAUGUUUUAACACAUUGUCAAAAUGCCUCCCCGUGGCUGGCUCAUGCAUAAUCAGAGAAUAAUACAGGUCAUGUACAAUGACAAAUUAGUAUAUGAGGAUGAAGAUCACAUUUGAGCUGACAGUUUACUCCAAGAAACAGGUAUCCGCACGUUUCAGCAUAUCUUUUUGGUUGCUUCAUCUAAUAAAAUUUGAGCCCCAAUUCAGUUCUGUUCUCACCUUCUGUACAUGUUCAGACCCAAAAAAGAAGUCCAAAGCUAAUAAUUGUACCAACCUAAACUUUCUUUCUACUGUACGGUGAUCUAAAGAAUAUACAGUUCUAGCAGCCGUGUGAAGUUUCUGUUAUGGAGGGAACCAGGUCAUACACCAGAUCAUCAGAGGCAGCUUACCCCAAAA